GGGCCUAUUUAGCCGGCAGGGGCACAAGUCUGGGGACACUGAACUGGUGUCCCUGCCCCAGGUCUUUUCGGCCCCGCCGGCCACGCGGCCCAGAUCUCCUCCUACGGCUCCCCCAGCUCCACAAUGAUGGCCGAGGAGCACACAGACCUGGAGGCCCAGAUCGUCAAGGACAUUCACUUCAAGGAGAUUGACCUGGUGAACCGGGACCCCAAGAACAUUAACGAGGACAUAGUGAAGGUGGAUUUUGAAGAUGUGAUCGCAGAGCCUGUGGGUACCUACAGUUUCGAUGGUGUGUGGAAGGUGAGCUACACCACCUUCACCGUCUCCAAGUACUGGUGCUACCGCCUGCUGUCCACGCUGCUGGGCGUCCCGCUGGCCCUGCUCUGGGGCUUCCUGUUUGCCUGCAUCUCCUUCUGCCACAUCUGGGCGGUGGUGCCGUGCAUCAAGAGCUACCUGAUCGAGAUCCAGUGCAUCAGCCACAUCUACUCGCUCUGCAUCCGCACCUUCUGCAACCCGCUCUUCGCUGCCCUGGGCCAGGUCUGCAGCAACAUCAAGGUGAUGCUGCGGAAAGAAGUGUAAGGCUGGGUGGGCGACGGGGGUGGUGGGGCAGGGGAGCUGGGCCAGGCUGGCCCCCCUACUGCUCCUCAGGGCUGCUGGAGAGCUCUUUCUCCUUAGGGACUGCUACUUCCCCCCAAGACGGGAGCACACAGUGUAGGGAAGCCAGAGAGAAAAGACAGCCUGCCACGGAAGUGCAGUGACCUUCCCACUGCCCCCUGCCCCAGUCACAAUGCCCCUGUCACUGAGCACCAGGGAAGAUCAUUUGCUAAGAGGCAGCUACUGCAAAUCUUUGCAUUCACUUGUACUGUAACAGCAUAAACCAGCACUCAGUUCCCACCCGGGACGCACCCCACCUGGGAAAACCACCAGUGACUGUUGGCAUUAGGAGGGUGGCUUCAAUAAAGGGUUUCCGCUGCAUGUG